AUGGACUCCAAUCCGCUCAUCAACGCCAUGGACCCAUCCAUCACGCUCUGGCAGUUUUUGCUCCACCUGCUGGAUGACCAGCGCCAGCGUCACUUGAUCUCAUGGACCGGCGAGGAUGGCGAGUUCAAGCUGCUAGACGCCGAAGAAGUGGCUCGACUAUGGGGGCUGCGCAAGAACAAACACAAUAUGAACUACGACAAACUCAGCCGUGCACUCAGAUACUACUAUGAUAAGAACAUCAUCAAGAAGGUGAGUGGACAGAAAUUCGUGUACAGGUUUGUGAGCCAACCUGACCCGUCCCUGCCUGACGGGACUCACGCACCUGAAGACGGCCAGAGGCGAGACAACCUUGAUGUCAACAGCCAAUCAAAAACCUGUCUAUCCAAGAAUGUAGCACAGAAGUCGUCGCCCAGUAACUCACAAAAGAGCUCUCGAAACGACUACAUGAAGUCGGGCCUCUACUCCACCUUCACCAUCCAGUCGCUUCAGGCCGCGCCGAACCCUCGGCCCGUCAAAGCGGAACUGCUGCUUGAGCCUGUUCCCAAGCUAGACCGUGCGCCUAGAGAGGUAAGAACAGCACAGGAACGCUGGACAUCACACUCGUAAUCUUCCGCUUCCUUGCAGGUUUCCUCUCCAUCAGUGGUCAGUGAUCCAGCUCGCCAGGUGAUCGUUCCUCAUCCAUCCCCGUGUCCCACUCCUGUUGUUAGCCCCCAGACAGUUGCCAACCCUCCCAGCCAGUCACAGAAUCCCCCUGUGCCUCCUCUAAGCGAUCAUCCCCACAUUUACCUCACCAGCGUCAGGGACCCAUCCUCCCUCAACCCCCUCCUCCCACUGGCACCCGUCGGGGGUUCGUUGAGUCCCGUCCAGCCUCUGCACGCAUCCGUCGGCCCCCAGACACCACCGCAGGAAGAUGGCGGAGGAUUGGCCAGCGUCGCUGGCUUCCCUCCCCACCAGACUCCCUCUCAGCCUGUCUUGGUCAUCAUCAACCCUCCCCCCUUACAACAGCAGCAGUGCGGCACCGUGUCGUCCACUCCUCCCUCUGUUGUACCAUCCAUAGCACGACCGCCCCCGCUGCCCAUUGUGAUCAAGAAGGAGACCCUGCCAUCAGAGGAGGCGCUCUUGGAGAUUGUAACGAUGGAGGAGAAACAGGUGGAGGAGCUUCCUCAACUAAUUUGUGGCACGGGUGACCCACAAACAUCGAUCACCAUCGUUGAUGCUACGCCUCCGCCUAGCGUCCAAUCCAAGGAGGGGAGACCAGAGGAAGAAGGAAAGGACACACAAACAGACUCAUCCGUGCCCGUGGUGACGUCACCAAUCUCCACUUCAGAUGUAAUUCCUCCCAAACCGAAGAAGCCUCGAGGCUUGGAGCUACCAUCCCUUCCCCCAGGCCUCUCCCUCGAUAAGGUCAACGCUGCUGUCAACAGUUUGCUAGCGCCCGGGUCUGCCACCAACACACUGACGCCCACUGUCAUCACCUCGCAUGCGCUGACACCCGUCCUGUUAACUCCCAGUCCACUUCCCUCCACCAUCCACUUCUGGAGCACGCUCAGUCCUAUCGCGCCUCGCUCGCCAGCCAAGCUGUCCUUCCAGUUCCCGACAAAUGGCAGUAACCAGAUUCACAUCCCGGCGCUGAGUGUUGAUGGUCUUUCCACCCCAGUGGUUCUGUCCCCUGGUCCCCAGAAGCCCUGA